AUGGGCUACACACUGGUCCCCGUGGAGGCUGACGUGUCGAUUGACAUGGAGUUCUUCACGAAUGGCGACUACGAAGAACUUCCGGAUGGCUGGUGCGAUUUCAAUGGGCCCGCGCAAGAGUACACAGCGCUGGCUCGUUAUAUACAGCACGAGGAAGGCACGCCCAUCGCUAAAGACAUCACGCGCUCAAUGUUUACACUUGGUGGUUCGAUCAGAUCCUGCCUGUUGAAAACGUGCAAAGCGCAUAAGUCUCCAGUAGUAUUUCGCAACGUGCACGCUGCUGGGAAGUUCGUUUUUGCAGGAUUGUCCCAUUGGGCCUCCAGGAGGCUCAGGGCAACACUCAAUGAGUUGGGACAUGUUGUGAAAGACAGGAGAGACGCUGCGAGGAGACUGAUGCACCGACCCAUGAGUCAAUCCGAAGGUUUCCUAACAUUUGACGUCAAGGAUUUCUUCAUGAGCGGCGACGCGGAGUCGUUGGUUGAAGACGUUUUGGUGUCAUUUACUGGACGGGAAAAGGCAACUAUUGGGACGUGCGCUCUGCCUGCUUCUGUACAAUCAAUAUGUUGUUUCUCGAAAUUUCCAGGGCGUGUGUGGAAGGUUGUAAAAGGAACGGGCAUGGGAUUGCAGCACAGCGGCGACCUGUCCGACCUUGCGCUGGCCAAUCGUAUGGAGCGAUGGGCCAUCAACAACUGUUUCGCUCAUGGUAUUACAUCUACCUCAGGUUUCGAGAUGACAUUUUGUGCAUCUACAAAAAAUUUAGCUAAAGCGUAUGCGUUCUACCAGGCCAUCAAGGAGCGUGCCGGCUACUUCAAGCUGCUCGUAUCUGGAGGCGGCCGUGGGUCCAUAGGGUGGCUGGAGCUCACACUGUUUAGACGCAGCGGUAGCAUAGCUUGCAAGCCUAAGUUUAAAGACAUCUUUAAUUACACCCCUCUCUUUUUGUAG